AUGUUAAUUUAAGGUUAGUUUCAAAAAUUAGUAAUUAAAUACAAUGAGCAGUUUAAUAAGAUUAUUAUUAAAUCCCAUUAAAAUUGUACCUAGCCACCAACAGAGUAUACAUUUAAUAACCCGAAAACCCCUACUUAAUAAGCUCAAAGAGACCUUGUCAUUCACUUCCCACACAAAAUCGGCAAAUGUUGUCGGUCGGCGCUACUGCACAAGAGCCUAUGAUGUAAACACAAGCGUUCCGAAAGACGUUAUUUUAUACAAAUAUGAAAAUCCAAAAUUUUUUCGAAUUAUCAACAUAUUCGGAAUAUGCCAGUUUGUGUUUUGGACAUAUUUGUCGCAUUUCGCAUUAACAUCACUGCGUGAUGCUCCGGUAGAACAAAGGGAAGGCGAGGAGUUGGCUUGGUACGAAAAGAUCAAUUUGGGUGAAAACAAGUAUCGUAAUGGAAUAUCAAUUAUAAGCUUUGCUAUUGGUUAUGGUAUACUUUUCACUGUUUGGAUGUUUACUUUGAGAUCUGUGCGUUUCCUGAUUCUUAGGAAAGGUGGACGUGAUGUGACUCUAGUGACCUAUGGACCAUUUGGGCACAACCGAAUCAUGACCGUUCCUUUAAAAGAUGUUUCAGCCCAGCAACCCCGAGAAAUUGCUAAUGUUCAUCUGCCCUUAAAAGUGCGAAACCGUUCAUUGUUUUAUGUACUAGACAUGAGAGGAGAGUUCAAGAAUACCCGACUAUAUGACUACACAGCUGGUUUGAAUCGACAUUUCUAGAUGGGGAAAGAAAAAAUGAAUAAAUAGCUAUCAUAUUAAA